AUGGACAAACUGCCCCGACUACGGCGGAAACCGAAACCUCCAGCCAUCGAAACGUCUGUCGAUCGCACGAGCAGCGACACCGCCGAAAGCACCUUUACCACCGAAAUCACAAGUCAGCCUUCGCCGCAAAAGGCCUCCAUGAGGAAGUCACCUUUGCGAAAUCUCAAGUUGCGUGUGAAUGCUAAGCGCGCGAGAACACACUCUCCAGUUGCUCGGCUAUCGAGCUCGCCAGUCGUUGCCGUCUUCAGCCAGGAUGGCGUGGCACCCCGGUCUGUCACGGACGAGGGCUCGUCUGUCAAUGGUCGACCUCGGCCGAUCAUGCCGGCCUUCCUAAACACUUCUAUGCACGGUAUUGAAGCCAAGUUUCAAGAGCUCACGUGGGCCGAGCGCAAUCGCCUUGCCCAAGGCGCCAGACCUGAUGCUCCUACCAACUUUAGAUGGAGUUCCUUUAAGCAAACCGACGGCCUGCAGAGAGGAGUCAUGGAUCGGUACAUAAACAUUAAGCCUUGGAAUCACAACAGGGUGAAGCUUCAAGUUCCCGAAGAGGAAUUCGAUUAUGUGAACGCGUCAACCAUAGUCCUCAACCCGUUGAGUGACAACUCUCUACCGCCGUUACGAUAUAUUGCCAUGCAAGGCCCAACACUGCCGUCAUUCAACUACGUUUGGAGAAUGGUCGCCGAGCAAACAUCGUCCCCCGCUGUCAUUGUCCAGCUCACAAGCAUGACGGAAGGCGGAGCAAUCAAAUGCAACCAAUAUUUCCCCGACAGCAAGGAGGACGCGACGUGGGACUUGAACAAGGAUAAUAUUUGGAAUGAUAACUGGAGAGCGCAGCUUUCAUUCGAGUCUUUGGAGGAACUUGCGAACGGCGCAAUCGAGAAGCGAAAACUACUACUUGAUGUCGAAGGAGAGGCGGAACCGCGGAUCGUGUGGCACUUGUUAUAUACACGUUGGCCCGAUUAUGGGGUCCCUACGGUCGACGACAUGGACAGCUUCUUUGAGUUGAUGACCAUCUCUCGAGAUCAUACCGAGCCGUCCAAUCCCCGCAUAAUUCACUGUAGCGCUGGCGUUGGCCGUACCGGGACUUUUAUUUCCUUGGAGCAUCUAAUGCGGGAAUUGGACGGAGGCAAGCUCGAGGCGACUGAGACAAACUGCAAGACCCUGCCUGAUCUCAUUUAUGAUACUGUCGAUAAUCUGAGGCAACAGCGGCGUUGCAUGGUUCAAUCUGAGAUCCAAUACCGGUUCCUGUAUGAGGUGAUGAAGAAAUUGUGGCAGGACAGGUAUGGCGCUGUGCUGGACGGGCACGACGCUGACCGUACGGGGAACAGUGAGCCUGCGGCGAAGAGGCUAGAGGUGGCAGAUUCCUUUCCUGUAAGUGACGAUGACGACUCUACAUGA